CAUCUGCACGGGGUGUCUUCUUCAUACAAUAUAAGAACGUUAAUUGCCCGAAGCACACAUAAAUGACGAGAUGUGAUGCGUUCGUCCUGUAUGGGGUCGAUACCUUCACGACAAAAUCUCUUCGAUAAGAUAUGCUGUGUUAUGUUGCGAGGCAUCUGUAUGGGAUGUCUUCUUCAUACAUUAUAAGCACGCUUUGUCCAAAUGGGACUAAGUAAUGCUAGAUUUACCUAAAUGGGCAUUCGCAUAUCGUUACAGAACAAGUCUGUACUCGUUCGGCUGGAGAGGCGCGCACCGGCGCGGCGAUACCGUCGGCGGGGCCGAGCGGCGAGUCAGCGGAGCCUGUGCCGGGGCCGAGCGGCGUGUCGUCGCGGCCCGCGGGGAGGCCCGGCGGCGAGUCGGCGGAACCCGUGGCGGGCCCGAGCGGCGUGUCAAUACAUCGCGCGCGCGGACGCCGGCCCUACAGCAUCGAGCCCCUCGCCGGCACCAGCGACGGCCGCAGCUCCUGAGGUUCCUUGUGCACCAGAGGUCGCUGACCUCGCGCUAAACGAAGACGUUCUUUUAUUGCUGGGUGACGCGCCUGAACCGGAGGUUGAUUUUGGUAAACCCGUACAUAAGGAUAUCGCCUCCAGGUGGCAGGAAAUCCUUAUUAAGGGCCUCCCGAAAGAAGUAACUGAGAAUUUGCUCAAGGAAUACUUGAUUCCACAAAACUGUGACUUUCUAGUCCCUCCUAUUCUUAACCCAGAGGCUAAAGUAGCUUUAUCUGACUUUAUGGUAAAAAGAGAUGCCGCAUUAUCGGCAAAACAGAAACAAAUAGGUAUUGCUCUAGCUGCCUUGUCCCAAGUGGUUGAAUUAGUAAUAAAUAAGGAAACUUCGACACAGAAAAUACUUAAACCAUUGGGCGACGCUUGUCGUGUUCUUUGCGAUAGUCAUUUUUGUGAAACUAAGACCCGUCGUGGGUUCGUAACUGCAGCCAUUAACGCUGAUGUUAAAGAUAUUAUUACCGAAAGUCCUCGAGACAAAUUUUUAUUCGGUAGCAAUAUAACUGAGCAAUUAAAAUCGGCUAAAUGUAUUAAAGAAUCAGGAUCUGUUUUAAAGCAAAGCAAAAAUGAAAAAUCUCAAAAGUUCAAUGUUAAUAACUUCAUUAAACGUAAAAACUAUAACAAUACACAGUAUAGCAGCCGUUUAAACUGGAAGACAACGCCUCGAAGAGCCCCCAACAGACAGGAGCACCGGAGACCUUCGACGCGUCGUCCGGCGACGAGAGCGAGCUUUCAACGGAGGGAGAAGUCGGAGCGGUCGCCGAGCCGGAGCAGGCGGGCCAGGAGGCGCUAGUACCCGAGAUCUGCACACAGUCUGCACAAGACUCUUAUCCUGGUUGCCGUCAAAUUAUCCGGCAGGCGUUACUGAAAC